GGCAUUUCUGUAAUUUGAGUUGUUUGUAAUGUAGAUAAAAUUAUAUAAAAUCAAGUUUAAAACACCUUGUAAAAGUGAAAAUAAGUUUCUAAAAUGGAUCAAUGGAUUGGUGAGGGCUUGUCCAGAAUAUUGGACUUCGAAGUACCCGGAGAGAUGAUACAGUUCAUUUUAUCAAUCCAGAAUGAGAUGGAUUUGAAGGAGCACAUGAGUACUCUGCUAGAUUUCGACAAUCCCCAGCAUAAAAACUUCUUUCUUGAAUUGUCUAAGAGGAAAUUUCCAAGUAGAGGAGGUAACCCAGCACCGAAACAGCAAAAGAAGAAGAUAUCGAAAAACAAGCAGCAACAAGAUUUCAUCAGCGCAGAGGUUCCGAAGCCUGAACCCGCCCCGGUCGAGGAUGCCAAGUCUAAGAAGAAGACUAAGUUCGUCAACCUUUACUCGCAGGAGGGGAAGAAUGCUCAAGUUGUGCUAUUGAAAGGGCGGCACCAUUGCGACUGCCAAGCGUCUAAGCAUGAGUUGAUCAACAACUGCCUGCAGUGCGGCCGGGUUGUUUGUAAGCAGGAGGGCUCUGGUCCAUGCUUGUUCUGCGGGAACUUGGUGUGCACUCCCGGUGAACAGAGGGAGAUAAACGCCAAGACGAAAGCGAGCGCGAAGCUCAUGGAGACUCUCAUGGAACGGAACCGGCCUAAAGGCUGGGAGGCAGCCAUGUUUCAUAGAAACAGACUUUUAGAGUUUGACCGUACCAGUGAACGUCGUACGCGCGUGACAGACGACGAUAGCGAUUAUUUCAACUCUGGCAGCGUCUGGCUGAGUGCGAGCGAGAAGGAGAAACUCAACCGCUACCAGCAGUCUCUACACGACAAGAAACACGCCAGCAGACUGGCCAAGAAGAUGACUUUCGAUUUUGCCGGUCGUCAGAUAGUUGAAGACAACACAAUAGAUUACGAUGUGGACCAGGAGCGCAUCCACGAGAUCACAGGCGGCAGCGGGAGCGGAGGCGGCGGCGGGAGCGCUAUGUUCCAAGCGUCCAUGCAAGUCGGGGUCCCUUCUGACAGAGAUGUCGCUCCGGGAGUCAAUGCGCCUCUGCUACAGUUCGACGAAUCAGUCCAAAGCCAAGCAUACGCGGUAGCAGUGAAGACUCCAGGCUUGGACCCGAGUCAGAGUCGCAUCCAGGACCCCGAGAUUCAGGAGAUGAGCGACACGGGACGCUGCCUCUCUAUGCACCAGCCCUGGGCGUCUCUGCUGGUUGAAGGCAUUAAAAUGCACGAGGGUCGCACCUGGUACACUAGCCACCGCGGUCGCUUGUGGAUCGCGUCGACGGUCAAGCCGCCCGAUCAGGACACCAUUCGAGCCCUGGAGAACCAGUACCGAGUGCUCUAUCCAGAAAAGAACUUCAAGUUUCCGUCGUUCUACCCCACGGGAUGUCUGCUCGGUUGCGUGAACGUAGACGACUGUCUCAAUCAAGAGGAAUAUCAGAAAAAGUACCCGGAUGGCGAGAGCGAUAGUCCCUACGUGUUCAUCUGUUCCAACCCCAUCAGCCUGAGGCUCCGCUUCCCCGUUAAGGGUCAACACAAGAUAUAUGCCUUGGACAAGACCAUUCACUACGCUGCCGUGAAAAGCAUCCAGAAAAUGGCAAAACAAGCGGCUGAGGAAGCUCACGCCGGCUAACGUUAGUUUUUCAUCAAAUUAUACGUUUCUUAUUCAAAUAAACGCAAGACAUUGUUA